AUGAAUCCACAAUCUCGUGCCCAUCGGAAACCGCCCGACGUCGAGGAGGCACUGUCCUCGAUGCUUUGGACACCGUACGACAAUAACAUUUCCGAGUCGGAUUCCUCCGACGAGAUGGAGGUGCUGCAUCGGGUCAACAACAACUAUAGCUUCUUCGGUACCGGGGCAAACCAAGACCACCGACGCCGUCCGCACCGGCAGCCGCAGUCACUGAUGCGAAGAAGUCUUUCCGCGUGGAGCUAUCGUAGCCGGACGGGCAAACCGAGCCCGCUCGGCGAGAGUGAGGCCGGGAAUCGGUUUAGCUAUCCUUAUUACGAUCAGCCCGAGCUUGGCUUUGGAACGCACGGGGGCGGUUUAUCUAGCGGUUGGUACGGGUACGGUAGCACCGUCACCGGCAACAGCAACAACAACAACAACUACUAUACAAACGGCAUUAACGGCAGUUCCUAUGGCUACACCGGUGCGCCGGUGACCAGCAGCAGAAGUUCCUACAGCUUCCAGCCCGGGCUGGCCGAGUGCGGACGGACGGACGAACGGGCACCCUGGCAAACGUUGACGGCAACGACGGACCGUAGCAGCGAAAAGCGACCGUAUCUGCCGCAGCAACAGCUCCAGACACCGUUCGUGGGCCGCUGGCAGCCGGGUGUUGGGGCAUCGCAGCUGGAGACAUCUUCGCUACCGUACAGUCUGCUCGCACUGGACAGCUUCGGUGUCACCGGUGCCACCGGCACGGGCCGGGAAGUGGACGGGUUUGCUGACAGCUACCGGGACGAUUAUCAGGUUUACGCUGGUGCGGGGAAUGGCGAGAAUCUCGCCUCGGGCCGCUUGUCGAAGGGCAGCAGCAGCAGCAGCAGCAACAUAAACAGCAUUAACAACAACAUCGAUGGUACCUGCAAUAACAAUAACAACGACAACGGGUUGUGCAUAAUUUCCGCAAUGCUGCGACCGGACGGUGGAGACCUACAUUUCCCGAGCGCACAGCACCACCAACAUUGGCAAGGGCACGGGCCGGGCGCCGCACUGGCAACAACCCCGUCCGCCGUAGGGCAACAUAAUUCCAGCAUAACGGCGACGACGCCGCCGCCGCUGUCGUCGGUGCCGUACGAUGGCCGGGCUGUUGGUGUUGGUGCGGUCGAUGCACGGAUCUCACGCACACCAGCGCCGCCACGCUGCAGCACGGUAGAAGGGGAAGGUCUGGCCAUGCUCGGUUCGGCCGUGGCGUGCGCCGACAGCGCGUUUAAUUGUGUGCGGCAAGCGAACGCAGCAACAUCGACGUUGGUGCGUCGUGCGGACGGUGCGCAAGCGGAUCGUGUUCGCAGCACAGACACGGUACAGCGUGGUGAGUUUGAUCAGCGUACGGUGGUGAAUAACAGUUUCGCUAGCAGCCCGAGUCCCGAGCGUGUGGUGGCGAUGCGGCUGAACGUACCGGCGGCCGGGCUGGCCGAGGGUGGCAGCCGGACCAGUGUGUACAUUCCGUCGACGGUGGUGACCCCGCCGGUCGAGGGCGGGUUACUGCCCGCGCUGUCGAUCCAGGUCAAUCGGCUGGAUCCAAACAAUCAGCAGCAGAAUGAUGUCGUUAACAAUGCGGCGUCCGGUGUGAGCAUAGUGAGCUGCUACCGUGCGGCCAAACCGACGGGUGUCGCGUGUGGAGUGAUGGAAGAUGGUGUGGGCGAGGGGGCGGGCCCUACCAAGGGCCCGAAGUGCAUUGUGGAGCGUGAUGAGGGUGGUGAGGAUCAUCAGCGCAAAGAAGCGCUGAUCGAUCGUGGUGUUGUCAAUGCGUGUGAUGCAAAUGUUGGCUCGCCGGAGCAAAUGGUUCAAGUUUCUAGUGUUGUCGAGCGGCUAGGUGCCGACGGGGGUGGGGAGAAGGGUGUGGGUGCGGAGUGUGGUGGGUCACCGGGUAGUGCGGUCAGUGCUCCAUCCCGUACCUUUACGUCCACCGAGGCCCAAACGGAUGAUUCGAUCCAGCAGCAACCUCAGCAGCAGCAACCUCAGCAGCAACAACCGCCCCAACAACUUCUCCUGCAGCAUCCGACCGGAUUGAUUGGACCGGCGGCAUUCAUCGGCGGUGGACCGGCACCCGGACCGGAACCGAUCGUCGCGACAAUGCUUGGCCCGGGGUCGGAAUUCAGCACCCGGGAGCAUCGGCGGCGCGAACGGCGCGAGCGACGACAGGCGCGGAACCGCCUGCAGCACAUCCACCCGCUCGAACCGCCGCCCCCGCUGCAUCGAUCCCCGCCGCCGAUCGAGAUCAUCCCCGAUAUUCUGCACAGCCAUCUGCCGCCGCCCUACACCACCCUGCCGAUGGGUGCGUCCCUCAUACCGCAGAUGAUCCCGGCGAACGCGGUCGCAGCUGCUGCCGCUGCGGCCGCUGCCAUACCGGUCCGGGCUGCCGAUGAUUGCCGCUACACGUUUCCGAUACCGAUCAUGCGAAGUUCACCAUCGGAACGGUCGCGUAAAGGGUGCUGCGGUCAUUGGUUCGCCGGACCACCGCUGAGGGCGCUCAUUGCCGUGGUGGCUCUCGGUGGAGUAGCCUGUGCCUUGGGCGGUGCUGCACUCGGCGCUACGGGAUUGGCCGGUUCACCAACGUCUCAUCUUACCGCUGCCUUAUUAAUGAUAGGUGUUGGAGUGAUUCUAGUGACUGUUAGCGGGGCGGCGUGGCGCAUGACUGCACCGGGUGCACCACCCUGCCUGGGGCUUGGUUCUACCGUCGAUCUGGGACGCUGCUCGCGGAGACCUUGCGGACGUGGUGGAAGUACACCGCACGGGCUGCUGUAUCCCGAGUUCCAGCAUAGGCCACCGCCUCCAUCCUACCAGGCGAGCAUGCAGGAAUAUAGAUUAAGAUUGCUGCUCCUGGACCGGGACCGCCAGUCGGGAAGGAUGCGCAGUACGGCCUCACCGCCACCGACCUAUCGAUCCAACGUGGGAAGCCUUUUAAGAAUACCACUCAGCUCGCGUUAUAAUAACGGCAGCAGCAACAGCAUAUUCGGUGGCAUUAGUGGCAUAAUCAGUGGUGCCGUCGGUGGUGGUUCGAGCAACAGUGUGAACAAUGUGCCAGCACCGUCCGGCCAUGCCGAGCUGCAGGUGAACAGCUCACCGAACCCGUACGGUUCCGACGGCCAUAGUACGCUUCCACCGAGCUACCGUUCGGUUAAUCUGCACCCGACGCCAACGGAUACCGAUCCAAUUCAGCGGCCAUCACAACAGCAGCCUACUGUAGCGGCACCGGCACCAUCGAACCCACCAGCAGCUGGACCGGGACGGGAGGGCAGCCGCAGUCCGGUGGAGGAUGCGAACCUAAUAAGUGACGAUAAUGCGCACCGAACGAACGCGACGGGUGUGAAUCAUCAUGCACCGUCCAUAAUUAAAAUCGACGAUCAAUGCACGAACUCUGGUGCGCUGGUGGACGGGGGGCAGGCCGGUUCGCGACAGCGAAAUUCAAUUCCCAGCAUGUCUCUAAUUGAUGCCGGCAGUGGCGAGGAGCAAAAGGGUAGCGUCGAGCCGGGCGUUGGUGUUGCCGGUAGCAACGUAAACAGUAGUAGCAGUAGUAGUAGCAGUAGGCUUUGCCCGGCUGGAACCGUUCCCACCGCAAACGGCAGCGGUAGCAAGGAUCUGGUUACGAUUGUUACCAUAUCCGGCACGAUCGAACCAUCCGCAACGGGGGCCAGCCGGUCGGUUUACACCAGCAGCAGUACGCAGGGUGGGGGUACCGGUGGGGCCACAUGUACAUUAUUAAACUCGAACUCGACGCCACUGCUGGCCACCGUCAUACCGGUCAGCAAAUGUGCAACCACAGCGACCCCGUCAGCUCCCUCCACGGGCAGUGCCGGGCCACUAUAG